AUGUGAUAGUCUGCCUCUAACCAGCCUGAGGAGGUCUAUAGCUCCAUUCAUAUUCUAUUCACAGUUUAGAGAAAUGUAUCUAUUGGGAAAUUAGCUAUAAUCAGGCUGUUUAAUCUGAUGCAUGUCUGUUGAAUUUGGAAAAAUCCACUCACUCUCGGCCCCGCCCCACCUAUUCAGCCAAUCAGGAGCCGCUACUGCGUUUUAUACCAUUUGCUCAACGGUACGUGCUAAAUAGUAUGCAACGAUGAGUGCAUAGUAUGCAAUUUAAGUAUGUAGUACUCUGGUAUGUGUAUUCAGACCUCUCUCUCCUCCUCUCCUCUCGUUCUCUCCGCUGUUCCCUCUGCCGGUCACUUCCCUCUCAUCACCUGCAGUGGGCGGAGCCAUGACUGAGAUCUGUGCUCUGGUUGGCUAAGCUGGAAGGAGGCUGCAGCGACAGACCCACAGCAUCCUCGACACACUCUUUCUCCCUCUCUCCUUUUCGCUCAUCCCACCACCCCUUUCUCUUCUCUCUCUCUCUCUCCUUUCCUCUCCACACAGAGACACACAUGCCCCGGCCUGCCUGCCUGCUCAGUGACACUGCAGUACAGAGGACAUAGCAGCAGCAAACAGGCAGAGAGACAGAAGGCAGAGAGACAGGCAGACAGACAGGCAGGCAGAGAGACAGAAAGGCAGACAGACAGGCGGACAAACAAGCCGACAGGCAGAACGUAGGAAGGUGUGUCGAGGCCUUGUCUCCUCCUUCUCCUCCUCCUCCUGCAGUAGCAGAGAUCCUGUCCUCCUGCGCUCUCCUUCAAGGACUUCCAGACUCUGAGACCUAGAACUACGGCUGCUACAGUUCCUGUUCCUGUUUGUUACCAAGGAAAUACUCCUGCUACUACUGCUGCUGCUACACUUCCUGUUACUGUUUGUUACCAAGGAAAUACUCCUGCUACUGCUACUGCUACUACACUUCCUGUUCCUGUUUGUUACCAAGGAAAUACUCCUGCUACUGCUACUGCUACUACACUUCCUGUUACUGUUUGUUACCAAGGAAAUACUCCUGCUACUGCUACUGCUGCUACAUUUCCUGUUCCUGUUUGUUACCAAGGAAAUACUCCUGCUACUGCUACUGCUGCUACACUUCCUGUUCCUGUUUGUUACCAAGGAAAUACUCCUGCUACUGCUACUGCUGCUACACUUCCUGUUCCUGUUUGUUACCAAGGAAAUACUGCUGCUACUGCUACUGCUGCUACACUUCCUGUUCCUGUUUGUUACCAAGGAAAUACUCCUGCUACUGCUACUGCUACUACACUUCCUGUUACUGUUUGUUACCAAGGAAAUACUCCUGCUACUGCUACUGCUACUACACUUCCUGUUCCUGUUUGUUACCAAGGAAAUACUCCUGCUACUACACUUCCUGUUACUGUUUGUUACCAAGGAAAUACUCCUGCUACUGCUACUGCUGCUACAUUUCCUGUUCCUGUUUGUUACCAAGGAAAUACUCCUGCUACUGCUACUGCUGCUACACUUCCUGUUCCUGUUUGUUACCAAGGAAAUACUCCUGCUACUGCUACUGCUGCUACACUUCCUGUUCCUGUUUGUUACCAAGGAAAUACUCCUGCUACUACUACUGCUGCUACACUUCCUGUUCCUGUUUGUUACCAAGGAAAUACUGCAGCGCAGCGGAUAUUACCACGAACGCGAGCACGAAGGAGUGCUACUCUCUCCCUCUCUCUCUCUCACACAGUCACAGGCAGACAAACGGACUACUCUCUCUAACGCAUAACAGUGGACUUCUCAUUGUUUCGGGACUUCUCUUGCUGGGCCUGGUGUGUGUUGUGGUGUGGUGUGGUGUGUGUUGUGGUGUGGUGUGGUGUGUGUAGUGUGUGUUUUUAUCAGAGGUCACGCCGCGUGCUGUGGGAGUGUGUGUGGGUGAUCCACCUUCUCUCAGGUCCCCUCCCCUCUCAUCCUUUUCUACCUAAUCUCUCUCGCUCUCUCUCUCUCUCUCUCUCUCUCUCUGUCUCUCUCUCUCUCUCUCUCUCUCUCUCUCUCUCUCUCUCUCUCUCUCUCUCUCUCUCUCUCUCUCUCUUUCUCUCUCUCUCUCUCUCUCUCUCUCCACACCUCACCAAACUCCAUCCCUCUCUUCCCCCUCUUUCUCUCUCUCCAUCCUCACCACACCUCUCCCUCUCUUCCCUCUAUCCUCUCCAUACCUCCGCCCCUCCAUAUCCCAUGAUGCCUUGCCCCAGGCCACUGCGCUAGGCCCCAGCAGUAUGGGCAGAGCCUGGGAGGAGAGAGAGAGCUCUGAUUGGUCCAGGUCGGGUCCCCCUUCCUUUGCUUCCGAUGGGGGAGGACACUGAGAGCUCCAAAGUCAACCACAGCUUCCUGCGAGACUACGUCACCGAAGCUGAUGUAAUCUCUACAGUGGAGUUCAACCACACAGGAGAUCUGCUGGCUACGGGGGACAAGGGAGGCAGAGUCGUCGUCUUCCAGAGAGAGACCGUGGUUGGUCACAAGCCUAAAGGGGAGUUGGAGCAGGUGGGGGAGACGGGGGAGUCGGGGGAGUAUAAUGUGUACAGUACCUUCCAGAGCCACGAGCCUGACUUUGACUACCUGAAGAGUCUGGAGAUCGAGGAGAAGAUCAACAAGAUACGAUGGCUGUCACAGCAGAACGCCGCCCACUUCCUCCUCUCCACCAACGAUAAGACCAUCAAGCUGUGGAAGGUGAGUGAGCGAGACAAGCAACCGGAAGGCUACAACCUGAAAGACGAGGAGGGCAGGAUGAAGGACAUCUCUACAGUCACAUCACUACAGGUUCCUGUGUUGAGACCUACAGACCUGAUGGUGGAGGUGCGUCCUAGGAGGGUGUUCUCCAAUGGUCAUACCUACCAUGUUAACUCCAUAUCGGUCAACAGUGACGGAGAGACGUACCUGUCAGCUGAUGACCUGAGGAUCAACAUGUGGCAUCUGGGGAUCACAGACCGCAGCUUCAGUAUCCUUCACUGGGAGAGGGACGCACACACACACACACACACACACACACACACACACACACACACACACACACACACACACACACACACACACACACACACACACACACACACACACACACACACACACACACACACAGGUGU